AUGUUGGCAAUGCGAGAUGACAUUUAUCGAGCUAUGAAAAGAGGUGAAGUUACAAUAGCUGUUCUUGCCGACUUCUCCAAAGCAUUUGAUACUGUGUCAUAUUCGACCAUCUUGAGGAAACUUCACCGGCAAGGAUUCUCCAAAGUUUACCUCAAGUGGGUUACAAGCUACCUCACUGGACGACGCCAGUUUGUAGAAAUCGAUGAAGCG